AUGUUCGUCAGACUCGAAAAGGUUAUCGUCGCCUUGACUGAAUGGCUUAAUCAUGUCCGCUCCUCAAACCCCGCGAAUACCAACUCCAGCGACCCAGCUGAGUCGGCCCCGAAGGUCUCGAACACGAGUCUCAAGCAAGACUCAUCAAACAUCAACGCAGGUCUUCAUGCAAAGUCCAGUCCCAGUUCGAGUAAACGCCCAAGUCCAGAGACCCAAUUGUCGGCGACCCUAUCUGAGAACCAAGCAUCGAAGAGGGAUGAGGAAUCACAAGAAUCACGCACACAGCCUAACCGUGGUUUCAUGGCAUUUCUUUCGAGUCUGGUGGUAGGCCUUUCUGGUCUGCUCUUCAUUCUUGUCUCGUAUAUGCUUUACAUAUCACUGCUUAUAUGCGGGAUUGCAGGUGUGCUUGCCUAUAUUGUGGCGAGAUUGUUUAUUGUUGUCGAAAUGUUUAGGACAUUGGCCUUUCUUCCGCAGGACGCUUAUGUUGCUACUUGGUCCUCGGAAAUUCCUAAUAUUGGUUAA